AUGGAUCAGAAUAAAAUUUGCACUUCUCUUCCCAAAUUAGAUUCUAAAAACAUCGAAGAAGUAAAACAAUUGGGUAUAUUUGUUAGUGAUAUUUGCUUAGAUGAAAAUCUUUGUUUGUAUGAAAACGAUCCCAAGGAGAUUCACAUAUUAUUAGGGGCAGAUACGGCAGCCAGAUUAUUUACAGGAGAAAUUAAAAAACUUUCGCCUGAUCUAAUUGCGAUGAACACCAAGUUAGGGUGGACAGUUAUUGGAAGAUCAGGAAUUAAUAAAAAUGAUAGUUCCAGCACGCUAAUGUCGCUACUUGUCAACGACGUAAAUAUAUCCGAUCUUUGGAGGCUUGAUACAUUGAAUAUCAAUGACCCUGCGGAAACUCAAAGUAGAAAAGAACUAGAAGAAGCGGCUAAGGAACAUUUUGAACGCAGUGUAACACGAGAUAACGAGGGGCGCUACAUUGUCAGUCUACCGUGGAUACAUGAUCAUCCACCUCUUCCUGAUGGCAGAAAGUUAGCUGAACGAAGACUUAACAGUUGUAUUAAAGCCUUAGAACGUGUCGAGAAGCUGGCCGAUUAUGAUGAUGUUUUUCAGGAUUGGCAGAAUGAGGGUAUCAUUGAAGAAGUUGAUCCUAUGCAAGAAAUCAAAGAAGGACAGCAUUUCUUACCUCACCAUCCUGUCUUCAAGGAGAAUUCGACGACCAAAGUUCGACCCGUUUUUGAUGGUUCAGCUAAAGAAAAGAAUACACCUUCUAUUAAUGACUGCCUCGAAAAGGGACCAAAUCUUGUAGAACUCAUUCCAUCUCUCAUAAAUUGCUUUCGUGUUGAAAAAUAUGGAGUGAUAUCUGACAUUAAGAAGGCCUUUCUGCAAAUUGGAUUACAAGAACGAGAUAGACCAUAUCUCAGAUUUUUAUGGAAGGAUAGAAGAAAAGACGGAAAUAUCAAGAUCCUGCAGCACAAAAGAGUUGUGUUCGGAAUCUCCUCCAGUCCUUUCCUACUAGGAGCUACAUUAGAACUUCAUUUAAAAAACGCCCCAGAUCAUCUCAAGGAAACAGCCCAGCAACUUAUGAGGUCCUUCUACGUUGAUAAUUGUGUUUUCAGCGUCAACAGAAGAGAAGAACUCGCUAGAUUUAUUUCGGAAUCACAAGCACUAUUAUCUACUGCCAAGUUUGAACUUCGAGGGUGGGAGCAUUCUCCUACUGAAGACAAAACUGAAGAAAGGCAAGAAGACCGAAAGGUUCCAGUUCUUGGGCUUCUGUGGAAUUUACCAAAGGACACUAUAUCUCUAGAUUUGAAAAGUUUGAUGAAAGAAGAUAAAGGACCUAUUACAAAAAGAAAAAUCCUGUCAACCGUUCAUCGAAUCUUUGAUCCGAUAGGAUUUUCUUGUCCAGUGACUCUAGAGCCCAAAUCUUUGUUGCAGGAAUGCUGGAAAUUGGGUCUGUCCUGGGAUGCUGAACUCCCUCUGCUGAUAACUGAAAGAUUCGAACGCUGGAAGAUGAAGUUACCGAAAUUGAAUGAUCUUGAAAUACCAAGAUGUGUACGUGAGGACUUUGCAGAAGAUUCCAAAUUUUCCAUCCAUGUUUUUUGUGACGCAAGUCAGAGUGCCUACGCUACAUGUAUCUUCUUGAGAGCUGAAUCUGCUGAUAGCACGUCGUGCCAGUUAAUACAAGCUAGAAAUAGAGUUGCUCCUUUGAAAAAGAUCUCUAUUCCACGCCUAGAACUUUUGUCCUGUACUAUUGGUGCUAGAUUGGCAAAAGCAACCAUAUCCGAACUUGGACUUGAGAACAUACCAAUCUUCUACUGGUCUGACUCUAUGAAUGCUUUGUAUUGGAUCAAAAGAAAUGAGAAUUGGGCCACGUUUGUUUACAACAGGGUACUGGAAAUCCGUAAACUCACCAAUCCUGAAGACUGGAGGCACAUAAGUGGAACAUUAAACCCAGCUGACCUUCCAUCACGAGGUUCCAAUGCAGAGGAACUUGUGAAAUCUCUUUGGUGGAAGGGUCCAAAUUGGCUGAGAAUGCCUAUAGAAGAUUGGCCUGUUUCGGAAACUAUGCCAGAUUUCGACGUUGUAAACUCCGAAAAAAGAAAAUCUAUUGUGUCUGUCACUAACACCACGACAGAGCAAUUAGAACCUUUGACAUACUUAAGUGAAGACAAUGAGGACCUUAUAGCAUUAACACCUGCUAUGUUUUUACAAGAUGUAAAAGAAAUAGGAGUUCCAGAUAUAGAUCAAAUAGAUGCUAAGAGAAUGAAUAAAAGAUUCUUCUACAGGCAAAAAGUGUGUCAAGAUCUCAGAAAACGUUUCAGAAUCGAAUAUCUUGGACAUCUUAGAGAAUUUUCAAAGAUUCGUAAUGAAUCUAAAAUUAAAGAAGGAGACAUUGUUCUCAUCGGUGAUAGUAACGUCAAGCGAAUAAAUUGGCCUUUGGGAAGAGUCAUCAAAUUAUAUCUUGGAAAAGACAAGAAAGUUCGUCUCGUGGAAGUCCAGACCAAAUCUGGGUCUUUCCUACGUCCAAUCCAGAGACUUUUUCCUCUUGAGGUCAGCCAAAGUGAAAAAUCUGCUAUCCCGUGUCUCCCAAAGAGUGAUUCUCCAUCCACAAUGAUGAUUCCUGAUGGUACACCAACCUCUAGUGACUCUCAUGCUGUUUCAGAUGUGAGACAACCAAGAAGAUCCCGUUAUGGCCGGCUUUUAAAGCCCAAUGCUCUCCUAGACUCAUUGGUUUGA